GCGUUACCAUGGGUAGUAACUGCUGUAAGGCGGACUCCGGUCGGGUCGUCCGGGGCUCGUCGACAUACACCAGGUAUCUGGUACUAAUACUCCAAGAGUUGUUCGGGGUGGUUUGGGUGCUCAGAAUAUCGAGCAGAGCGGGAGCGUCCCUAGACUCACGCUUCACCGUAUCUGAGGGCGCGGGGGGCGUGCGGCUGACCGUCACCGCGGCGCGAGAGCAGGAUGGCGGCAUCUACACGCUGCAGGCCAGCAACGCGGCAGGCAGCGACACAGCCCGCGUGCGGCUCGAGGUGACCGACGAGACGAGCGGGGACGACCCGCCCACCUUCCUGCGGAGGCUGCAGGACCUCACAGUCAAAGUCGGCACCAGGACGAGGUUCCUCGUCGAGAUCCUUAGCUCCACUGACUGCAAAGUAACAUGGUACCGCAACGAACGCCGUCUACUCGAAGCGGAGCGGGUGUCUCUCGUGCGUGACGGCAACUUCUGGUGCUGCGACGUGGCCUGCGUGAGCGUGGACGACGCUGGACGCUGGACGUGCGCGGCCGAGAACAGAGGCGGGCGGGCGAGCUGCGCGGCGCACCUCAAUGUGCUGGUGCCGAAAGCCUACAAGCGACCGGAGUUCGUGGAGGAACUACGUGCCAUCCUGACUGAACAGGGGACUGUGUCAUUAGAGUGUAAGGUGGUCGGCGUGCCUACACCGGUGUUGAGGUGGUUUAAGGAUAGCCGAGAAAUCAAAGCGGGCGAUGUGUUCGCAUUAACAGCAAGCGCAGAAGAUCCCACUUCGCUCGGCACAUACACUUGUGAAGCCGUCAACUGCAUGGGCAGAGCCUACUCUUCAUCCAAAGUCCACGUCACGAGAGGCCGCGAUGAAUCGAGACCGAGUUCUGCCGUCACCCCUGAGCCGCCUCCGAUCUUCACCAAAGAGCUCGAAGACCAGUUCGUCAAGAUCUGCGAACACCUUACACUAAGCUGUCACAUCGUCGUACCACCUUGGCCUAGAAGCGUCGUCUGGUAUAACAAAGAGGGCAAAAUUGAGCCUGGAGACAGGUACCAUGUAACAGAAGACGGUGUAGGCGGCUACCUGCUAGAAGUACAGUCAGCCGAGUGGCCCGAUGCGGGCGAGUGGAAGUGCGUGGCCACCUCGGCGGGGGGCAGGGUCGGCAUAUCCACCUGCCAUGUCGUCAUGGAUGUUCCGAAGAACUACCGGAAGCCACGUUUCAUGGAGAACCUCCAGGCGGUGCUCACGGACGAGGGUCUGGUAUCCUUCGAGUGCAAGGUGGUCGGCUUCCCAACCCCAGUGCUGAGCUGGUUCAAGGAUGGCCAGGAGCUGAAGCCAGGAGAUGUUUACCAACUGACAGGCACAAACUCCCUAGGUUCCUACUGCUGCAUCGCCCGCAACUGCAUGGGUCAGGCCAGCAGUUCGGCCGAGCUGACGGUAGAAGACAUCCAGAACCAGCUGAACGAGGAAGAGAGGCUCCAGCUGUUCACGAAACACCAGGCGCCCAAGUUCGUCCAGGGCUUGCAGAGUGCUGAGGCGCGGAUUGAUGAGCCAUUCCAUUUUACUAUUAAAGUUGCCAUUCCACCCGAGCCGACGGUCCUGUGGUACCGAGACGACCAGCCCGUGGACGAGUCCCCCCGCUGCCACCUCGCCAAGGAGGACCGAGGCAUCUUCACCCUCGACAUCAAAAACUUGGAGUUCCUCGACCAGGCCGAGUGGAAGUGCGUCGCCAUGAACGAAUUCGGUCACAGCGUCACCUCCUGCUUCCUAAAACUGAUCAUCCCUAGACACUUUAAGAAACCAAGAUUCUUGGAGAACCUUCAAGCUAUUCUCUCUGAGGAAGGCGCUGUGAACUUAGAGUGCAAGGUCAUUGGUGUACCGCAACCUGUCCUCAAGUGGUAUAAGGACGGCGAAGAGCUGAAGCCUGGGGAUAUACACAGAAUCAUAUCUGGACAGGAUGGUACUUGUUGUUUAGGAACAUACACUUGUGAAGCGCAGAAUUGUAUGGGAAUCGCCGCCAGCUCCGCCUCGCUUCUCGGCUUCGACGACUCAAUGAAGGCCAAGAAGAAAAUAGCAGACGAACAAGCAUUGCAAAGAAAUUUGUCGCUUAGUACGAUACACGAAGAACGAACCUCGCAGAUGUACGAUACCCCGGUGGGAGAUAUAACUCUUGACGAUAAAGGAGAGAUUUCAUUUUCGUUUGAUGGAAAAGAAGUCUCCGUAUCGUUGUAUGAGACCCCGGAUUUAACUGAAGAAGAAGCACUUCAAAUAGUCGAGAUGUAUGCUGAUCAGCUAUCCGAAAAUGUUACUGAACAUAAUGUAGUCGAGCUGCCACCGCUUAGGUUUGUAAAAGAAACAUCAACUUCAGGCAAUCUGCUCAUGGAAGCUAUCAUAAUUGAUGUGUCUCCAGAAUACUUUGCAUCGCCUGAAGAAGAUUUAAGAACGGAAGCCGAUGUAGAAGAUAUUUCAAUAGCUGAUGAAAAUGGCGCACCUCAACUAUCAUUAGACACAGAUUUAGGCGAAGACUAUUUAGAAAAAACAAUGGCUCUAUUAUCAGAUGAAAAGUCUGAUGUGCCUAAAAAGACAACUAGAAAGAAGUCAGAUUCUCUAAGAAGUGGAGAAGAUUUUUUCAGUUUAUCUCGAGAACAAUCAAUCUCUGAAGAUAAAAGAGAUGAUGAUACGCAAGUUAUGUCUGAAAGUGAUUUGGCUAGUUUUGCCAGCGCACGAAGUUACGGUAAACAUAAAUCUAAAUCUUCUCGACGAUCAAUUGAUGAUGGUAGAGAAUCGUCAGAAACGAAGACCAUUCUACAUAAAUUUGAUGUAGAAGAGGGUAGGGAAGUUAAAUCUGAAAUGAAAGAAAUCAAGACCGAAAUACAAGAAACUGAACAGAAAAGAGCUGAGACGGAAACCCCUGUAAUGAAGCCAAAGCGAGAACGGCGAAGUAGUCGGGGUUCUCGACGCUCUAGCUCAGGUAGCGAGAAAUCUUAUAGCAAGGCUAGAGAAGAGCUGUUACAAGUAAGAGCAGACUUAGAGCCCAAACCUAAAAUGACGGAUGAAGAAUUCAAGAGCAAAGUUACUGAAGUUAGUUCAACAAUAUCUAAGGUUAUUAAUGAUAUACAAAUCAUUGAACGAGAUAUAAUAUUGAAAUCAGAGUUAAUGUCAUCAGCUGCUACAGCUUCAAGAAGUUUAGAGAUCAUAAGCAGUCUGAUAACCCCUUUAUCUGAAAUACACAGUAUAUCAGAGGCUGCCAAGGAAUCUCUACAAGCUAAAGAAGCUACUACUAUAUUCAACAAUCUUCCUCAAUCGAUGAAAGCUUUACAGCAAUCCCUAACAAUAGUUGAAAAAUGUAUCGAUGUGGAAAGCGAAAACAAGACUCUAGUAAAGAAAACAUGUGUGGCAUUUAUAGAGACCUGUGGAAACGAACUUCAAAAAGUUAUGUCGGAUAUUAACUCCGUCACCUUGACAGACUAUCUACAGGCAGACGAAAGCGUAAUAAGAGAAAUUCAAACUUUAACCAAAGAAAUGACAAACGUUGUAAAGUAUUCAUCAGAUACUAUUAAAACAAGAAACCUUUUGAGCGAAGCAAGUGAAAUAAAGACGGAAGAAACAUCAAUAGACGCAAAACACCUUAAAGACACUCAAAAAGCUGUGUUUGAGUUAAGAAGCCCCGUUAACUCCUUACUCUGCAUAGCUGAGAGUGCAGAAAGUGGAAAAAUGAUUGAUAUAACGAAAAUAAAAAAUAGUGAAGUAAUACUUAAUGACAUGUCUGCCUCGAUACAAGACUUACAAGUAGCUUUAGAGCAGAUAGAGUCAUUAUCAGUUAAAGAAUCAACGACCUCGUUAAACAAGUACAAUACGGAAAUAAUUGAAACAGUUAUGGAUUCCGUUCUAAAACUGAGGAUAUCAUUUGAACAGUUGUCAACGGAAACAAGAAGUGAAGACGAUAAGCUAGUUUUGAAACAGUCUUUAACAUCUAUAAAACAGAAUUUAAGUGAGAUUUCAACACACAUUGAUAAAAUAGAGAGUAAUGUUGGUAGAUUCGAUAUCCUACAAAGCGACAAUAAACUGGAAGUCUUACAAAAAAUGGCUCAAAUACUUAUAGCAUUAGAAAAUAAUUUACCUCGUCUUGAAUCUUUACCAGAUGUCAAGCUACAUUUGGACGUAUUCCAUAAAAACUUAACAAAAGUUUUGGAAAAUGUAAUUGAAAGUAAUGAAGCAAAGAAAUAUUUCUCUUUGACAGAAAUAUGUGAUGUUGUUAACAGAGUAAACGCAGCCAUAAAAACUAUAGAUUCGGACAGCAUAUUGUCUUUGGCAAGUCUCAAUAAUACGAUGAGGAUAGUCCAAGAUCACUUUAUUAAUAAUAUAUUUGAAUCCGAGCUAAAUUGUGCUAUAUUGAGCAAUAUCAGUGAUGUGUUGGUGAAUAUACAAGAAGCUAUUAAUCAAGCUGAUGUAGUCAGCUUACACAUUGACUCGGAACAUAUUAUUACACAAGAUAUUUCGUCGUACGAAACUGGUAAAGCCGUUGUUGCUUUAGAGCGUAUAGAACACACCAUAGCAGCUAUAAAUAAAGUUAAAUCUCUUGAAUGUGCACAAGAACUAAAAGACGCCAUUACACCAGUUCUAGAAAAUGUAUGUCCAGUUUUAGAAGAGCUUAAGCGAAGCGUAGCAUCCAUUGCUUCAGGACAAGUUGAACAGGAUGAAAAUGUUUCUGAGAUGUCAGAUGUGCAGUCAGUAGUGCAGACUUUAGCCACGCCUCUCUGUGAACUUAAUGAAAAUAUUAUGGUAAUAAAUCAAACAAUAGUAGAACAUAUUGAGAGCUUGAAAGAAAAUAGUGAAGUCUUUGUAACAGUUGCAGAACCUUUACAUGAAUUGCACACAACACUUGAGACAUUACAGCAAGUUGUUAUAUCGCAAUACGGAGAAGAUGUGACGCCAUAUGAAGUAAGUGUGAACAUGGCAAAUGCUGUUCAAAAUCUUCACAGCUGUAUUGUAAUGAUCCGUGAACAAGGUGGCGUAGAAAUUGCUGACGAAAUGUCGACUCUAGAAGACAUAUCGGGCAUAAAAACAACUGCUGAUACUUUACCUUCAGACCGGUUAGUAUUACCUGAAGCUGCAGAAACAACCGCCGAGCAUGCAGUUAGUUCUUUACACCAAGACAUUGUACCUUCUGCUACAGCUCAAGCGUUACAGUCUUUAAAUGAUCACAUCACAGUUUUACAGAAUCCUGAUGUAAUUGAUGCUUUGGACACAUUAUCCGAAGUUAGCGAUUACUCAAGCUUAAAAUCUGUUGCGUUAGGCUUAGGAGAGCUUCAUUCUGGCAUACAAGAAAUCUUGCAUCCCGUUAUUUUGGAGACUUCUGAUGAAAUGGCUCACUUAAAUACGUCGAAGUUAAUGGCAAUUGCAGAACCUAUGCAAGACUUACAGCAAUGUUUGUCUGUACUAGAUGUUACUAAUAUACCAAUAUACGAACACAUUCUUGAAUUGGCAUCAGACAAAAUACAUUCCGUUUUUCAAAAUAUCGCAGAAUUCAAAGAAAAUCUCGACAAAUGUAUUCAUGCCGUAUUCCCUGCGAUGGAGACUGCCGAUAAAACAAUUGAAAUAUCAAAUAAGGUCGAAAGUUUACGCGCUGUGUGUGAACAUCUGAAGGAUAUAAUUGAAAAUACCAAGGCUAUAUCAACUGAAGCACCAGUUAAAGAAGAGGUUAUUGCUCUUGAAGAGACAGUAAACAACUUACUAGAUGCGACAGACGUGUCUAAGGGAAUAAAGAUAGAACAAGUGAAAUCAGUUACUCAAGAACUUUAUGAAAAUGUAAUUAACGUACAAGAAGAACUUAUUCAGUUUACAUCUCAGGCGCCAGAAAAAUUAGCCCAGGAAGCAAACCUGAUACAAGUUAUAGAUAAAGUUGAACGAAACAUAGCUGUUUUAGAAGAAUAUGAUUUUGUUGAUUUAUCAAGAGCUUCCGAUAUGUCGUGCGCUUCGCCCCAGAUAGCUCUUGAGAUAGAAACAGAUGCACUGAUACAAAUGGAUGAUGUAGUGCAAUGCGCUGUCGGUAUUAUUCAAGAUUCAAGUAAUGAAACACCCGUAGCCGACUUGAUGAUGGUAGAAGACUUCUUCAAAAACUGUAAAAAUGAGUUUGCUCUGCUUCGGUGUUUGCUGACUAAAAAGCUGAGCCAUAAGAGGAUCAUACGGCUAUUGCAGGAAUUUAAUGCUUUAAAACAAACUAUCAACGAUUUUAAAGUAAAACAAAAUGAACUCCACCUAGCAGAAGAUAUUAGUAACUCUCUUAAUACAUUUUUUGGCUAUUGCAAUGAAUCCCUGAACAGCGUUAAAGAUUCACUCAUUAUGAUAGUUGAUUCGCAAUCUGAUUUACUUUUCAAGGCACCUAUUACUAAGCUUGAUGCUACAAGAGAGGUUCUGAGUGAAAUUCUUGCAAGCAGUAAAUUUACAUCUUUGGAAGAUGUAGCCCAACGGUUUGUCAAUAUUAUAGAGAUUGCGAAGCCUUGUCUGCAGACAGUCGAAACUGUCAUCCAUGAAGAAAUUAAAUUUAAUGCAACAGUUGUUGAAGAUAAGGCUUUACUGGCGGCGAUGGACGAUGCAGAAACAUUUAUAGAAGAACAAAUACUAACCAAGUCUGAGCUCACAGUAGAAUCUAGAGAAAUAUUACAAAAAAUUUUAGACUGCAUUCAGAAACACCACGAUUAUAAGGAUGCCACAGGCACGGGUAAAACGCUCAUACUCCUUAAGUGUCUCGCUGAGUGUUCUGAUAUUUUGCAAGAAAAUAUGUCGGAGUCCAAACUAGAAACAAAAGAACACAAAUUCGAAGAUACAGCCUUAAAAAAUGUGCUAGCAGAGAUGUUGGCUCCUCUUCAAGCAUUGCAUCAUCAACUCCUGAAUAUACAGGAGCAAGUAUCAACUGGAAUGGAAGAUGAAGUGGUGUCAGUUGAUCUAACCUCAACAGAAUCAUUUGCACAAGCCAUGGGUGAAAUACAACAAGAUAUAAAACAGUUAGAACAGCACGUGUCAGAGGGCACUGUAGUCGAUAGCGCUGAAAAGACAAUGAUAUUGGAACUGGAUAAAGAAAUUCAUACAAUACAAGACAGUAUAAAUUCCAUUGAAAAUGUUACAAGUGAAGAGAAGGAAAAGGUUUCCAAGCCGAUGGCGGAAAUAGAAAAAUCUUUGAAAACGUUGCUGGAGACGGAGAGUAAGGCAGCGGCAAAGGAUAUAAAUUCCAAUAUUGACUCAUUGGAAUGCGCCUUAGAUCGGUUUUUGACUAUUAAUAACGAUCUUACCGACGUAUUAACUUCAAUAACUGGGCUUGACUUCAAAGAAUUAAUUGAUAUUGCACGAAAAAUAAAAUGCAUUGAAUCAAAAGAUGACAAUAAAUUGAUUGAAAAUAAAACUGAGAUCAUAUCCAAAUUGAUAACAAUACUUUCAAAAUUUGAUUGGCUCAAUGAAAGUUCUAAAAAUAACGAUGAUAGAUUGAAAGAUGUAUUUUUGACAACAUACCAACUGUUGAAAUACUUACAAGUAGAUAAUGAACAAUACGAAGCCAAAAAAGAUAAGACUCCUGACUUGCUCCAAAGUGUCGACAAAUGUAUCGAACUCAUUGAAAUUGUUGAAGAAAUAUCAACCAUCAUGAACAUUGAUAAUGUUAAUGAAUCUGCAAAACUUGCUCAUGAAUUACGUGAAAGUGUAGUCAGUAGUCAAGUUGAACAACUGGAUGCCACGAAGGAGCUUAUUGAAGAAAGUAGAGAGAUAAGUAUGCAACAAGCUAUUAUAGCUUUAAAAUUAAAAGACGCGCUCACGUCUAUCCAAGUGCAAGUUAUAGAGAGUACAAAGGAGUUAGAGCCUGAGCUUAAAAAUCAGGUUGUACUGCGAAUCGAGCAAGCUGCUGAACAGUUACAAGAUUUAGUCACACUGGCAGAAGUUCAAGCCGAGGAACCUAAACCAAUCGAAGUUUCUGCCGAAUCAAAUAAAACUGAUACGGAAACAAGGGAAGGUAAAUUUCCAGUCGAACAAAUUGUAACAAAUGUGACUGAAGAUGUAAAAACCGAGACGGCUAUUAUUUCUGAAAUAAAACAAUCAGAUGAAGCUAAAGGAGUUGAAGAAAUGAUUAUGGAACAAGUUGACAAUGAAAAAGCUCGUCAAGUUGAAGAAGAUUCACAGGAAGUAUUAGAAAAGACCCAAGUGGCAGAUGAAAUAGAGGUAUCUCAAAAAUUGGACCCAGCUGAAGAAAUAAAACCAGCACCAGUGAUUGGUGAGAUUUUCGAAAUUAUAACGACAGAACAACUUUCAACAAUUGAAACUUGUGUUUCAAUUAUUAUUGAAGGUAAAACUGACCAACUUGUUACAGAGCCUGAGAAUGGUAAAUUAGUUGAGGAAGAAAAAGAAGCAGCUGCCAUAGAAGAAAAGAAAACGGUGGUAUCUGCAGUUGAACUUGUGCAACGCAUCGAUGAAUAUCUCACUCAGGAUUUGGAACAAACCAAUCUAGCCGGUGACAUAAAUGAAAAAACUAAAAUCGUUAACAUAGCUAACGAAUUGCGUGAAACUCUAAAUAUUGCUGAAAUCAGUGAACAAGUGGAACUAAUGAGAGAACUACAUGAUUUAGUUAUUAAACAAACGGAACAUGUAUCGGCGUCAAUAACUGACGUCAGUGAGCAAUCAUCUAAUAUUACAAUACGUUUAUGUGAAACUUUAGCUAGUGUAAUUGAUUCAUGUCAAAAAGAUAUUGAAAAACAAGAAGAAAUAACAGAGCUAACUAAAGAAGAACUAAGUAAAGAAAUUGGUAAGGAAGUAGAAGAAACUAUUUUAGAAGAAAUAUCUAAAGAUACGACCAAAGAAGAUGUGGUAUGUAAGAAGUCAGUCAUUGAGAGAAUAGAUCAAAGCUCUAUUGAACAAAGCCAACAAAUGGACGUUGAUGAACAUAAAAUCGACGUAACUGUAGUUGAUCAGGAACAUAUAAUCAAAGAAGUUGAGGGAGAGGUAAGACCAGAAAAAGAUCAAAUUACUGAAUCUCACGCAGCUGAAGUAAAUUUGAUGGAGCCACCCACUGAAACAUAUGAGCUUGUUUCACCAGAAUUUGCAUCAGAACAAUUGACUGCAACUGUUGAUUCGGAACAAAAUCAAUUCGAAAGGGCUAGCGCUGGGGAAAAAGUUAUCACUGUUGUAGAUAACAAGGAAGUCAUCCAGCCAGAGCAAUCUGCUGAAAGAAGUACUUCCUUCUUAGAAUUAAAGGAAAUUGCACCUGAAAUAACUGAGGAAAAAGAACAGGUUUUAGCAGAAUCACUGAAACUGGAAACAUCGAUGGACAGCCAAAAAGAACAAAAAGAAAUAACUUCUGUUGAAGACAGCUCCCAAGAACUUGGUGCUAUUUCCACAGUUGAGCCUAUUUCAGAAGUGCAAGAAGCCAUUUCAACUCUUGUGGAAGUCGCAGAUGAUAAAAUAAUAGCUUCUAAAGCUGCAGAAAUUUCAGAAGUUGCUCCCGAUGAAGUGCAUGAUAUGGAAACUAGAGAAGUUAAAAAGCCGCAAACUAUUGAGCCUGUAGAAGUAACGGAAGCGGGACUCGAGAAACCUGAUGUAAUAGAAGCCCGUGAAGUAGAUACAAGAAUUUUGCCAGAACUCCAAGUUGUAGAAGCAACGGAAGAAAUCAUACGAGAUCUGGAUGUAUCUACUGUUGAAGAUAAUCUGGCGCUUGCAACGUCCAUAGAGACACUUGUAACACACUUAGAUGAAUUCAUAGCCGAAAGUUGUAAGACUGUCGAUGUCUUCGUUUUGAAUAAAGAAUUGGAAGAAUCGUUGUCACUGGCAAAAUCAUUGGAACAUGAUCUCAAAGAUAAGCAUCAAAAGGAAGUAGUUAACGAAAUCGGCGAACAACAGAUCAAGUUAACCAUUGAACUAAAGGAGGCCUUGAACCGCAUAGAAAUUGGUGCACUUGAGAAUAUUGGAGAUGGAGUAAAUACAGAGGAAUUAAUUAAAAAAGUAGCAAAAGUUACUGACGUUUUAAGAUCUGACUUGGACGGUAUUAUUAAAAUAUCACAAGUAGCAAUACAAGAUACCGAGACGAAAGGAAAUGAACAAGCCGUGCCUCAUAUUGGAGAAGAAAGUCAAAUACAUAAAGAAUUUGUGGCUGAGUGUGCAUCUGCUGAACAAACCGUUGCAACAACAGAUUAUUCAGUUGAGAAUAUACUAGAACUGACAGUUGACAAUGAUGAACCUGUAGCAGAUGCUUGUGAAACCGAAAUCAAACCUGGAGAAUUACCUGGACCGCCAAAAGAUUCUCAAAGUGAAAUUAUUCCAGAAAAAUCGGCAGAUAUUCAUACAGCUGAAUUACAAAAAGAAAUGGCAAAAGAUUUGGAAACCAAAGAAAUAAUUAAACCUAAUUUCGAAACGUUUAUGCAACACAUUAACGAGUAUGUGUCUGAAAACGUGUCAGACACUUUACAUACAUUAUCAAAUAUUGUACAAAGUGAGGCGAUAACACAAUCCAUAACAAUCGCUAAAGAAGUGCAGGAAAGUUUCCAUAAUAUUGAAAAUAUUCAAGAUUUAGAUAAGAAAACUGUAGAAAAAAUAGAAGUUCUUGAAAAACUGCAAAAUGCAUUACUAGUUUUACAAGUUUACACUAAUGAUGCCACAGAAGAUCUAAUAUCGGAUCUUGGAGAGGGUUUAUCUAAUUUGGCUAAAUUAGCAACACACCUCAGCGAUGAUUUAGAAUCAGUAGUAUCACAAGCCAAAUUAGUUUUAUCUGAAACAACUACAGACAAUUCUACCGCAACGCAUGUAGUUGACAAAAUUUCAGGAGAAACUACAUCUGAAGAUUCUACUGAAAAACAAAUUUCUAAAGAUAUUGAUAAGUUAGAUAGAAAUGACUUAUCGAAACAACUAAAUUCUCAAGAUCAACCCAAAUCGGAACAACGCGUACUCGAAGUCGCCAACAUUUCUGAAAAUGUGCCUACUGCAAGUGAAGCUGAAAGCUUAGAUCAAGUAGCGUCACUAGAAUUAUUAACAACAUCAGUAGGUGAAGCAACAGAAAGACUUGCGGCCAUAUUGACACAAUCAAUCAGGGACGAAGAAUUACAAAAACUCGAAGAUCAAAACGAAAGCCAGCCAAUUGAAAGUAUAGCAUGCGUGAAUGGCACAAAUCUUAGUGCGAUUACUUGUCAAGUCCAGGAAGAAAGUGUAGCCACCGUAAUAAAGACUGAGGAUAUGAAAGAUGAAACAACUGAAACUAAAGUGAAAAUGCCAAUUGAAACACUUUUGCAACACCUCAAUGAAUACACAACCGAAAUCACACACACACUACAAUCUAUACCAAUUGAUACUGAAAUCGUCGAUGGAUCGUUACAUUCGGCAUACGAUUUAAUCAUGAUUAUUUCGGAUAUCGAUGCUGUUGAAGAAGAUCAUGGUAAAUAUUGUGAACUGACUGACAUAAAAUCUGAUCAAGAUAAACAAGCCCCUUCUGUAACAGAACAUAAUGAUCAAGAUAAUGAAAAUAAAGCAACUGUUACAAAUGUUGAAGUAGUAAAACUACAAAAAGACCAAACAGAUGUUUUAGUACAGACUAAAAGUAUUGUUGCAAAUAAUACUGCAGAUAUAACAAAACUUGCUACGAAACUUCAAAUGGCUUUGAGUGUCAUCGAAACAUACGUCCUAGAAAAUAUCGCAGAAAAGGCUGAUUUGCAAAACUUAAGUGCUGUCGUUACAAAUUUAAAGUUGGACUUAGAAAAUCUAAAACUUACAUCUAUUACAAAAGAACAAACAGAUGAAUACGCUACAACUUUGAUUACAAUGGAGGAUAUUAAUAAAGCGUCAGAAUUGUUGUCAGAAGUGAAUAUUAAAUUAGAAAAAAGUGAAAAGGAUAUAGAUACUGAUACUGAUCUUUCCAUUGUUUUGGUUAAAAAAGAUAAACCCAUAUCUGACGUGAAUGUGCAAGAAUGCCUUAGUAUUACAGCUGAAGAAAACACUGAAAGUAAAACUGUAGGAGAUAAAACAUAUUGUGAAGAAGCAGUUACAAACGUUACAAUUGAUUUAGAUUCUGCCGCAGACUUAUUCGAAGAUGCUAUUGUCAUAGAAACUCCUACCCUAUUAGAAUCAAUUGUUGGGAAAAAAGAUGUAACUAUUGAAACGCCUGUGGCAUUGGACACGACUUCAGAUUUAUUUGAAGAUGCUAUUUCUAUGGAAAUACCAACAGUAUUGGAAUCUUCAGUCAAAAAAGAUGAGGUCAUUAUUGAAACUCCAACCAUUUUGGAAUCAGCUACAGAGGUACAAUUUAUGGCUGCUAAAGAUAUGUUAACUAAUGUGUCAGAAACUCCACACCAAACGGAACAAGUUGUAACUGAGACAGCGACAAUUUUAGAAUCUGUCACUAAAAAAGAAGACUUAGAUAUAUCUACAGUAGUUUUAGAGCCUUACAUUGAAACAAAUGCUUGCGUGUUAAGUCCAACAAUCUUGGAAGCUUCAACCGCUAUUUCAGAAGAAAUUACAGCUUUAAUACCCACAGCUACAGAAACUGCGAUUGCUAAAGAUGAGAUUGAAUCCUCUACAGUAUUAGAAGAGCCCGCUGUCUCAGUUGUUACAGAGCAAGUUGCGGCGGAAUCUGUAAACAUCUUACAAACAACUGGUAUUAUAAAAGAAGAGGAAAAAACAGCAGAUUUGGCUACUUUAGAUAUAGUUCACGUAGCUAUUGCAGAAACGCCUGAUAUUUUAGAAACUACUAAGGAUAUUCCCGAGAAAGACCAUUUGGUAGAGUCAACUGUUAUAGAAAAUUCGUUUAAUAAAGAAGAAGCGUUGGUCGAAUUACCUGACGUUAUACAAACUGCUGCUAAUAUCGAGUUACAAGCAGAAAUAAGUACAUGUGAAAUAACCGAAAUGGCCACAGAAUUGUCAGAAAGUUUAUGUACCACAGGACUUACAAAUAUAACAGGCCAAGAACUAUCAGUUAAACAUUCUGAAGAAUUAGUAAUAGAAACGCCCGAUAUUUUAGAAACAACAAUUACAGAAACCCCGCCUAUGGUACAUUCAGAUGUAGAAGAACCUACUAUGGAUAAAGAUAAAGAAACCGUAAUAGAAACAGCUGUUUUAGAAACAACGGAUGAAUUGGUAGAUAACGUGUCGUUAAUAGAGACGCCCAAUACCACGGAAAGCAGUUUAGUUACAGAACCGACUAUAGUAGAUACACCUACUGUAUUAGAAUCAGUAAGUGAUUUGCAAAAAUUGGACGUGAUAGAAACAACUGAUGCUGUUGAAGCAAGCUCCGAUUUGAAUCAGGCUACUAUUACAGAAACCCCUACUAUGGUACAUUCGGAUGUAGCAGAACCUACUAUGGAUUCAGAUAAAGAAACUCUAAUAGAAACAGCUCUUUUAGACACAACGGAUGAAUUGGUGGAUAACGUAUCGUUGAUGGAGACGCCCAAUACCACGGAAAGCAGUUUAGUUACAGAACCGACUAUAGUAGAUACACCUACUGUAUUAGAAUCUGUAAGUGAUUUGGAAAAAUUGGACGUGACAGAAACAACUGAUGCUGUUGAAGCAAGCUCCGAUUUAAAUCAGGCUACUAUUACAGAAACCCCUACUAUGGUACAUUCGGAUGUAGCAGAACCUACAAUGGAUACAGAUAAAGAAACCGUAAUAGAAACAGCUGUUUUAGAAACAAAGGAUGAAUUGGUAGAUAACGUGUCGUUAAUAGAGACGCCCAAUACCACGGAAAGCAGUUUAGUUACAGAACCGACUAUAGUAGAUACACCUACUGUAUUAGAAUCUGUAAGUGAUUUGGAAAAAUUGGACGUGACAGAAACAACUGAUGCUGUUGAAGUAAGCUCCGAUUUAAAUCAGGCUACUAUUACAGAAACCUCUACUAUGGUACAUUCGGAUGUAGUAGAACCUACUAUGGAUUCAGAUAAAGUAACCGUAGUAGAAACAGCUGUUUUAGAAACAAAGGAUGAAUUGGUAGAUAACGUGUCGUUAAUAGAGACGCCCAAUACCACGGAAAGCAGUUUAGUUACAGAACCGACUAUAGUAGAUACACCUACUGUAUUAGAAUCUGUAAGUGAUUUGGAAAAAUUGGACGUGACUGAAACAACUGAUGCUGUUGAAGCAAGCUCCGCCUUGAAUCAGGCUACUAUUACAGAAACCCCGACUAAGGUACAUUUAGAUGUAGCAGAACCUACUAUGGAUACAGAUAAAGAAACCUUAAUAGAAACAUCUGUUUUAGAAACAACGGAUGAAUUGGUGGAUAACGUGUCGUUGAUGGAGACGCUCAAUACCACGGAAAGCAGCUUAAUUACAGAACCGACUAUAGUAGAUACACCUACUGUAUUAGAAUCAGUAAGUGAUUUGGAAAAAUUGGACGCGACAGAAACAACUGAUGCUGUUGAAGCAAGCUCCGAUUUGAAUCAGGCUACUAUUACAGAAACCCCUACUAUGGUACAUUCGGAUGUAGCAGAACCUACUAUGGAUUCAGAUAAAGUAACCGUAGUAGAAACAUCUGUUUUAGAAACAACGGAUGAAUUGGUGGAUAACGUGCCGUUGAUGGAGACGCUCAAUACCACGGAAAGCAGCUUAAUUACAGAACCGACUAUAGUAGAUACACCUACUGUAUUAGAAUCUGUAAGUGAUUUGGAAAAAUUGGACGUGACAGAAACAACUGAUGCUGUUGAAGCAAGCUCCGAUUUAAAUCAGGCUACUAUUACAGAAACCUCUACUAUGGUACAUUCGGAUGUAGUAGAACCUACUAUGGAUUCAGAUAAAGUAACCGUAGUAGAAACAGCUGUUUUAGAAACAAAGGAUGAAUUGGUAGAUAACGUGUCGUUAAUAGAGACGCCCAAUACCACGAAAAGCAGUUUAGUUACAGAACCGACUAUAGUAGAUACACCUACUGUAUUAGAAUCUGUAAGUGAUUUGGAAAAAUUGGACGUGACUGAAACAACUGAUGCUGUUGAAGCAAGCUCCGACUUGAAUCAGGCUACUAUUACAGAAACCCCGACUAAGGUACAUUUAGAUGUAGCAGAACCUACUAUGGAUACAGAUAAAGAAACCUUAAUAGAAACAUCUGUUUUAGAAACAACGGAUGAAUUGGUGGAUAACGUGUCGUUGAUGGAGACGCUCAAUACCACGGAAAGCAGCUUAAUUACAGAACCGACUAUAGUAGAUACACCUACUGUAUUAGAAUCUGUAAGUGAUUUGGAAAAAAUGGACGUGACUGAAACAACUGAUGCUGUUGAAGCAAGCUCCGACUUGAAUCAGGCUACUAUUACAGAAACCCCGACUAAGGUACAUUUAGAUGUAGCAGAACCUACUAUGGAUACAGAUAAAGAAACCUUAAUAGAAACAUCUGUUUUAGAAACAACGGAUGAAUUGGUGGAUAACGUGUCGUUGAUGGAGACGCUCAAUACCACGGAAAGCAGCUUAAUUACAGAACCGACUAUAGUAGAUACACCUACUGUAUUAGAAUCUGUAAGUGAUUUGGAAAAAAUGGACGUGACUGAAACAACUGAUGCUGUUGAAGCAAGCUACGAUUUGAAUCAGGCUACUAUUACAGAAACCUCGACUAUGGUACAUUCAGAUGUGGUAGAACCUACAGUGGAUACAGAUAAAGUAACCGUAAUAGAAACAGCUGUUUUAGAAACAACGGAUGAAUUAUUGGAUAACGUGUCGUUGAUGGAGUCGCCCAAUGCCACGGAAAUCAGUUUAGUUACAGAAACGACUAUAGUAGAUACACCUACUGUAUUAGAAUCAGUAAGUGAUUUGGAAAAAUUGGACGCGACAGAAACAACUAAUGCUGUUGAAGCAAGCUCCGAUUUGAAUCAGGCUACUAUUACAGAAACCCCUACUAUGGUACAUUCGGAUGUAGCAGAACCUACUAUGGAUUCAGAUAAAGUAACCGUAGUAGAAACAGCUGUUUUAGAAACAACGGAUGAAUUGGUAGAUAACGUGUCGUUAAUAGAGACGCCCAAUACCACGGAAAGCAGUUUAGUUACAGAACCGACUAUAGUAGAUACACCUACUGUAUUAGAAUCUGUAAGUGAUUUGGAAAAAUUGGACGUGACUGAAACAACUGAUGCUGUUGAAGCAAGCUCCGAUUUGAAUCAGGCUACUAUUACAGAAACCCCUACUAUGGUACAUUCGGAUGUAGCAGAACCUACUAUGGAUUCAGAUAAAGUAACCGUAGUAGAAACAGCUGUUUUAGAAACAACGGAUGAAUUGGUAGAUAACGUGUCGUUGAUAGAGACGCUCAAUACCACGGAAAGCAGCUUAAUUGCAGAGCCGACUAUAGUAGAUACACCUACUGUAUUAGAAUCUGUAAGUGAUUUGCAAAAAUUGGACGUGACAGAAACAAUUGAUGCUGUUGAAGCAAGCUCCGAUUUGAAUCAAGCUACUAUUACAGAAACCCCUACUAUGGUACAUUCCGAUGUAUCAGAACCUACUAUGGACACAGAUAAAGUAACCGUAAUAGAAACAGCUGCUUUAGAAACAACGGAUGAAUUGGUAGAUAACGUGUCGUUGAUGGAGACGCUCAAUACCACGGAAAGCAGCUUAAUUACAGAACCGACUAUAGUAGAUACACCUACUGUAUUAGAAUCUGUAAGUGAUUUGGAAAAAAUGGACGUGACUGAAACAACUGAUGCUGUUGAAGCAAGCUCCGAUUUGAAUCAGGCUACUAUUACAGAAACUUCGACUAUGGUACAUUCAGAUGUAGCAGAACCUUCUAUGGAUACAGAUAAAGUAACCGUAAUAGAAACAGCUGUUUUAGAAACAACGGAUGAAUUAUUGGAUAACGUGUCGUUGAUGGAGACGCCCAAUGCCACGGAAAUCAGUUUAGUUACAGAAACAACUAUAGUAGAUACACCUACUGUAUUAGAAUCUGUAAGUGAUUUGGAAAAAUUGGACGCGACAGAAACAACUGAUGCUGUUGAAGCAAGCUCCGAUUUGAAUCAGGCUACUAUUACAGAAAUCUCGACUAUGGUACAUUCAGAUGUAGCAGAACCUACAAUGGAUACAGACAAAGAAACCGUAAUAGAAACAGCUGCUCUAGAAACAACGGAUGAAUUGGUAGAUGACGUGUCGUUGAUAGAGACGCCCAAUACCACGGAAAGCAGUUUCAUUACAGAGCCGACUAUAGUAGAUACACCUACUGUAUUAGAAUCUGUAAGUGAUUUGGAAAAAUUGGACGUGACUGAAACAACUGAUGCUGUUGAAGCAAGCUACGAUUUGAAUCAGGCUACUAUUACAGAAACCCCUACUAUGGUACAUUCAGAUGUAGCAGAACCUUCUAUGGACACAGAUAAAGAAACCGUAAUAGAAACAGCUGUUUUAGAAACAACGGAUGAAUUGGUAGAUAACGUGUCGUUGAUAGAGACGCCCAAUACCACGGAAAGCAGCUUAAUUGCAGAGCCGACUAUAGUAGAUACACCUACUGUAUUAGAAUCUGUAAGUGAUUUGCAAAAAUUGGACGUGACAGAAACAACUGAUGCUGUUGAAGCAAGCUCCGAUUUGAAUCAAGCUACUAUUACAGAAACCCCUACUAUGGUACAUUCCGAUGUAUCAGAACCUACUAUGGAUACAGAUAAAGUAACCGUAAUAGAAACAGCUGCUUUAGAAACAACGGAUGAAUUGGUAGAUAACGUGUCGUUGAUAGAGCCGCCCAAUACCACGGAAAGCAGUUUAAUUACAGAGCCGACUAUAGUAGAUACACCUACUGUAUUAGAAUCUGUAAGUGAUUUGGAAAAAUUGGACGUGACUGAAACAACUGAUGCUGUUGAAGCAAGCUCCGAUUUGAAUCAGGCUACUAUUACAGAAACCCCAACUAUGGUACAUUCAGAUGUAGCAGAACCUUCUAUGGAUACAGAUAAAGUAACCGUAAUAGAAACAGCUGUUUUAGAAACAACGGAUGAAUUAUUGGAUAACGUGUCGUUGAUGGAGACGCCCAAUACCACGGAAAGCAGUUUAGUUACAGAACAGACCACAGCAGAUACAUCCACUGUAUUAGAAUCUGUAAGUGAUUUGGAAACAUUGGAUAUUACUAAAACUACUGAUGCUAUUGAAGUAAACACUGCUUUGAUGCAGGCUACUAUUACAGAAACUCCGACGAUGGUACAUUCAGUUGUAGAAGAACUAGUGAAUGAUGGCGAAUUAUCUGAUGUCAAACAAACUGUUCAGGAUUCAAUUCAAGAAGCCGCCGAAAAAGUAUCUGAAAUUACGGAAACAUCAACAAAUCUUCAAGAAAAACUUUCAGUAAUCGAACCACCAACUCUGAUGGACAUACCUUCUGAUGCAGAACAAGUAUUAACAACCUCAGUUCCCAUUUUACAGUCUCCUAUAGUAACCAACGAAAUUGUUAUGGAGAUUCCAGAAGUCUUGGAAACAACAUCUAAUAUGCCAGAAAAUGUUGUUUUAGUUGAAUCCCAAAGUGUUACUGAUGACAAUAUCAAAAUGGAACAGAUUAUUGUUGAAUCACCCACUAUUUUACAAUCAGUUACUGAUAUGGAAAAAAAUGCUUUAUUAGAACUACCUAAUGUGGUAGAAACAUCACUUGAUUUGAUAGAAAAUGUCUCUAUCAAUGAAACUCCUUCUAUCUUAGAUCCUGUCUUAGGCAAUGAAUUGACAGAUGAAGAUAUAUGUGAUAUCAAACAAUCUGUUACUAAUUUGAUACAAGAAGCUGUUGAGCAAGCAUGUCAUAUUACAGAAACGGCAACGGAUGUACUACAAAAAGUUUCUGAAGAGACAUCGGCUGUGAUAGACUCCACACCUGUUUUGAAAUCUCCUAUAGAGUCGGAGUAUAUAGUUGCACCGGAAACUCUAGAUGUUCUAGAAACAACUAUGAGUCUGGUAGAAAAUGUGACUGAAGUUGAAGCCCAGACUCUUGUAGCUAGCAACAUAAACGAAAAGCAAAUUGUAGUUGAAUCACCCACUGUAUUACAAUCCACAACGGAUAUAGAAAAAUUUGAUGAUAUAGAAGCAUCUAACGCCAUAAUUACGUCAACAGAUACGUUUGAAAAGGUGUCUAUUAAGAAAACACUAUCCGUCUUAGAACCUAUCGAAGAACAAUUAGUGCUAGAUUUAGAUAUCCCUGAAACGGCAGUAGUCACAGGAGAGAGUCUUGACAAACAACAAGCUGACAGCGAGACUAAAAUUGAUGCCAAUGAUACUUCGAAUGUAGAUACUAGUAGCGCGGCUGCGGCAAAAGUUACUGAGGAACCAUUAGAAUCAGUAACCAACUCACAACCAAUAACAGACACUUUGAAAACCGGUGAUUUUCAACAGGAAUUAACUGUACCGGUUGAAAUCAGUGAAACUAGGUCAGAAGAGGAUAUCCAAAAACCAAUUGAAACGGCCACUCUUGUUCAACACAUAGACGAGCUAACUUCAGCUUCUAUUGCUGAAACCGUCGAGGUUUUAUCGAAAGUCAUUGAUGUCAGUGAACUCAAAGAGUCAAUAGCGGUUGCGAAUGAAUUAAAAGACAGUUUCAUUGAAGUUGAGAAAGUUAAAACGGAAGAAGUGUCAAUAGAACAGGCUAAAUUGGUCGAAAAACUUCAAGGAGCAUUAGAAGCUUUUCAAGCUAUUGUUGUAGAAAAUACUGAGAAUAUUGUUCAAAAUCUGGAUGUAAAUGAAUGGGCCAAAAUAAGCGAAGUUGUAACACAUUUACAAGAUGAUUUGGUUAGAGCAACUAUUACAGAACCAACGACAGAAUUGGCAGGAGAAUCAAUGCACCACCUCGAAACUUUGCUCCAAGAGGUCACCGACAAGAUCGGAACCACGGAGCGAUCUUCAGACGACACAGAAUCAUUACGUGAUAAUCUCGACGAGAUCCAAACCGUUAUCAUUAAGCUGAAGAGAGAUUACGAUGGUGCAUCAAAUGACACGCUCAAUGAAACUCUAGAGGACUUAGAGUGCAGUGUGAGGAGUGUCCAACUGCAGAUCACUGAGGACAGUCCACCAGAGCUGUUGCAAGAAGCUUGUGCAACAUUACAAUUGUUGGUUAAUAACAUGAGUGCUACAGAGGAUAUCACAGGUACCGUAGUAAAGGAAGUAAAAACAGACAGCUUACUAGAAAAAUGUUCCGAUGAAACUGAGGCAACGGUAAAGUUACUAAACAUUGCAAUUGCAACUAAAGGAGAUUUGUCAAAAAUAGUGGAAAAUCUUAAUGUUCUUAGAGAUAUCAUGCAACUUCUCAGAAACAAUUUCCUCAAAGACGCAGACACUUUAAUCGACAAAGGCGUUGAAGUCAUUCAAAGUUUAGAUCAGGUAGAAGAGAAAGUGUUUGCUUUAGAAAAAGAUAUUGUAGAAAUACCAGAAACGGUAAAAGAAAGUAUAUUUAAUGCGGUACAUUCUGUAUAUGGCAGUAUAUCUAACAUGAGGAGUACUGUUCAAAGUAUACAGAAGAGAUACAUGUAUGAUAACUACGGAAAACCAUCCGAAAGUAUAUUGAAAGCACUCAAAAAUGUACAAAAUAAGAAUUACAAUAACUUUUCAAAGUCCCUUCGAAAAGUUUUGAAUCACUUUGAAGAUAUCAAGUUUUAUAUUAACUUGGAUAAAACUGCAAGAUUACCGAGUGAUGCUGCAUUUACAAAAAUUAUUCUUAAUGAAUUAAAAUUAACUAUUAAUGAAAAUGUUAAACCACAUUCCAUAUCCAGUCCAGAGGUUGCUAGAACUUACUUAGCAGCUAUUAAAGGCAUAGAAUCUAAUCUUAAUAAGAUAGAGUCCUUGACUACUUUAGAAGUAAAACAAAAGAUACCAAUUUUCAAAGAAAUAGCAACAUUUUUACUAAAAAUGACUGAUGCAAUCGCUAAAUUUUCUAAAAUAGAAGAUAGCGCAGAAGUUAAGCCUGAUGUUGAAACUCACGAAAAAGUUGAAGUGACACAAUCAAAUGACCUAGAAGAUAAUAAAUUGGCUGACACUGUGCAAUUAUUAGAAAGUACUACAGAAGAAUUAAAGGUUAUAGAUCAGCAAAUAGAUCAUUCGGCAAUUAGCAGUGAAGCAGAAAUUCUAGUAAGUGAAACAACUGACUCCUCGAGUCAAUUGAAAAUUACUACAGAAAUAGUCGCCGAAGCAAAGACAGAUACCAUAACAACAGAUAAAAUAACAACGGAGGAAAGUAUCAAUGAAAGCCUCAAAGAGAUUUCAAAAGACAACGUACAGGAAGAUACUGCGGCUCUGGCAAGUAAAGGCGAAGAACCUCAAAAAGCUGAUCUUUCUUUAAAACCAGAGUUUACAACAGUUGAGCCUCAGCCAAGUACAUCAAAACAGGAAGACACGGACCGUAAAGAAGAACAAAAUGAACAACAGCAACCGGCUGCUAGUUUAGAACCAAGUGAAAAUAAAACUCAAGAAGACAGUCUUAAGGCGGAUGCAAGCAUAAUAAAAGACCACAUGGAAGAGAUACCGAAACAAGAAGAUAAGGACAUCAAAGAAGAACAAAGGACAGAUGUGUUAGAAAGGAAAGAAGGAGAACCAAAAGCAGAAACACAAAUACCGGCAAUAUCUAAAAAGCUUAAAAGUUUAAAGCCAAAAAAAGACGAAGAAACGCAAACAGAUGAUGAAGAAGAGGUCAUUAAAGAUUUAACCAAGAAAACCCAAGAGACAAAAAUACAAGAGCUGAAAACAGAUCAAGAUAUCGAAAAAGCUCUGUCUGAAAUAGCACCUGACGCCGAGCUUCAGGUAAGCAUCUUAGAUAAAUCGAAAGAAACAGAAAUCUCUAUAAAGAAGGAACAAGAGGAUAGUAAAGAUUUCCUUCAAGAACAAAAACCAAUCACAGAAAAGGAGGAGGUUGUAGUAAAGCAAAAGAACGAACAAGAAGAAAAAGACAAUAAGGUGGAAUUAUUACAAAAAGAUAAAUUUCCAGCUCAGGAAGAACAAGAAAAACAACAGGAUAAGGAAGAAACAGAGAAGAAAGUUGACAUUGUAGCUCAACAAGAAGUAAAUGAUAGUGAGCCUAAGGAAACACUAGAAAAGAAAGCUGAAGAAGAACAAAAAGAGCCUAAUCUUAAGGAAGACCAACAAAACAAAGAGUUUGAGCUUAAAACAGAGCAGUUUGAAGAGACACUUCUACCAGCAGAGGUAGUAAAAGAAACAAUUUCUAAAGAAGACUCUAAAACAGAAGAAAAGAAAACCAUGCACGAAGAAAUUAGAGAAACGGACACUAAGAUAGAACAGGAAAACAAAGAUGCUUUGGAUGAAUUAAAUAAAGUCGAUGAUGCUAAACCUAAAGAAGCGAAAGAUCAGCAACCUGAAGAACAAGUUGAUAAGGUUGACCUUGACAAAAAACAAGAUGAGAAAGAAGCAAAAUUAAAACAAAUAGAAGAAGCAAAAGAAGCUCUGCUCCAGAAACAAGAAGAAGAAAAAGAAGCUAAACUUAAGGCAAAACAAGAAAAGAAAGAAGCUAAGCUUAAAAAAAUACAGGAAGACAAAGAGGCUAAGCUUAAAAAAGAGCAGGAAGAAAAAGACGCUAAAAUGAAACAAGAACAAGAUGAGAUUGAAGCGCGGCUAAAACGAGAGCAAGAUGAAAAGGAAGCAAAACUUAGCGCUGAAGAAGAAAAACAAAAGCAGGCAACACUUGAGAAAGAACUAGAGAAAAUGGAUGCUUUAGUUAAACAAGAAGAAAAGGAUGCUCACCCUACAGAAGAGCAAGGGGAAAAUAAAGAGAGCCUCAGGCAAGAGCAAGAAAACAAAGAAGCUGGUCUAAAACAAAAACAAGAGAGAGAUGAAAAGACUGAAUUACGAAAAGAUAAACUUGAGGAAAAGCAAGAGGAACAUGAGGCUAGUCCAAAACAGAUCCAGCAUGAGCAUGUAACUGACCUUAAGUCCGAAGAAGAAAAAAGAUCAGAAGAGGCUAAGCUGAAGAAAGAACACGAAGAAAAGAUUAAAAUUGAACAAGAAAGUAAUGAAACUUCUGUUCAAAAUGAAAUGGUGGACCAGAAAGAAAAACUCCAAAUAGAAGAAGAGAUAAAAGACGACAAACUCAAAAAACAACAGGAGGAAAAAGAUUCCGUGGUUAAAACAGAGGAAGAAACAACUGAAGCUGCUGUCAAAGAAGACAUGAAGGAGCAAAAAGCCGACCUUAAACUUAAAGAAAAAGAAAAGGAGGCUAACCUCAAAAGAGAACAGGAAGAAAACGCCAAAAUUGAACAAGAAAAAAAUGAGGCUGUUGUCAGGAAAGAAAAGGAAGAACAAGAAGCUAAGCUUAAAGUGGAGGAAGAAAAAAAAGAACAAAAGAAAAAAGAUGCCAAGGUUAAAGCGGAAGAAGAAGAAAAUCUGAAAAAAGACUUAGAAAAACAUGAUGCUAAACCUGAAGAAGACCAACUUAAGGAAGAAGCUGCUCUUAAGAACGAAGGGAUGGUAGAAAGUCAGCUUGAAGAAGUAAAAGAAGAAUCACUUAAUAAAGAAACACGGGAGAAAAUGCCUGGGCUCAAAGAAGACCAAAAGAUAAAACAUGAAGAGCACAAGCAGGUAGGAAAGGAGGAGAAAGAGUCUAUCCUUGAACAGCAGGAUGAUUCUGAGCGUGAAACAGCCCAGGAUAAUAAAGAAGCCAAAGUUGAGGAUCAAGUACAUAAAGACACAUUGCUUCAGGAAAAACAAGAAGAUAUAGAAAAUAAGUCAGAACAAAAUGAAAUAAGAAAGAAAGAAGCUGAACUUAAAACACAGGUAAAAGAGAAGGAAAUCAUGCCUGAAACGGAUCAAGAGAAAAAAGAUGCUAAAUCGAAGCAAGAAGAAAAAGAGGCGCAGCUUAAGAAAGAUCAGGAGGAAAACGACGCUAAUCUUAGGGCUGAAGAAGAAAAAAAACAGGCUAGAAAAGAACACGAGGAAAGUGAGUUUAAACUAAAGAAAGAACAGGAAGAGAAAGAGAAAGAGGUUCAGAUCAAGAAAGAACAAGAGGAAAGAGAAGCUCAACUUAAGAAAGAACAAGAAGAACAAGAAAUAAAACUGAAACAAAUACAAGAAGCCAAGGAGGCUAUACUUAAGCAACAAGAAGAAGAAAAAGAAGCUAAACUUAAGGCAAAAAAAGAGAAGAAAGAAGCCAAACUUAAAAAAAUACAAGAAGAAAAAGAAGCUAAGCUCAAAAAGGAACAGGAAGAAAAAGAUGCUAAACAACAACAAGAACAAGAAGAGAAAGAAGCUCAGCUCAAGAAAGAACAAGAAGAGAAAGAGGCAGUUAUUAAAGAACAGCAACAAAAAGAAGCUAAUCUUAAGAAAGAACGAGAGGAGAAAGAAGCUAAGCUUAAAGCAGAACAAGAAGAAAAAGAGGUGAAGCUUAGGAAAGAACAAGAUGAAAAGGACAUUAAACUUAAGUUGGAGGAAGAAAAGAAAACAGCUUCUCUUAAGAAAGAACGAGAGGAGAAAGAAGCUAAGCUUAAAGCAGAACAAGAAGAAAAAGAGGUGAAGCUUAGGAAAGAACAAGAUGAAAAGGACACUAAACUUAAGUUGGAGGAAGAAAAGAAAACAGCUUCUCUUAAGAAAGAACAAGAGGAGAAAGAAGCUAAGCUUAAAUCAGAAAAAGAAGAGAAUGAGGCCAGACUUAAAAAAGAACAAGAUGAAAAGGAAGCGAAACUUAAGAUCGAGGAAGAAAAGAAAGAAGAUACUCUUAAAGCAGAAAAAGAAGAAAAGGAUGCUCAGUUCAAGAAGGAACAGGCAGACAAGAAUGCUAAACUUAAAGCGGAGGAAGAAAAGAAAGAAGCUUCUCUUAAGAAAGAACAAGAGGAAAAGAAAGCUAAGCUUAAAGCAGAAAAAGAAGAAAAUGACGCUAAGCUCAAAAAAGAACAAGCGGAACUAGAUGGUAAAGUUAAAGUAGAGGAAGAAAAGAAAAAAGCUGCUCUUAAGAAAGAAAAGGAGGAGAGAGAAGCAGAACAAACACAGAAAGAGGCUCAGCUUAAAAAGGAAAAGGAAGAAAAUGAUGCUAAACUUAAGAAAGAACAAGAAGAAGAGGAUGCAAAACAGAAGGCAAAACUAGAACGAAAGAAAGCUAAGCUUGAAAAAAUACAAAAAGAUAAAGAGGCAAAGCUUAAGAAGGAACAAGAAGAAAAGGAUGCUAAGCUCAAACAAGAACAAGAUGAGAGGGAGGUUCAGCUUAAGAAAGAACGAGACGAAAAUGAAGCUCUACUUAAGUCGGAACAAGAAGUGAAAACGCUUAAGAAAGACAAAGAGGAACAAGACGGCAAGGUAAUAAAAGAAGAAAAGGAGAAAACUAAAGUCGAAAAAGAAAAGAGAAGUUCGGAGGAAAUAGAGGACCAAAAAUUAGUAAAAAAAUCUGAAGCAGAAAAACUUGAAGAAAAACGCAAGGAUAAGAAAAGUGAAGAAAUGGAUGAAGAUCAUACAAAAAAAGCUUCUAAAACGGCCCAAGAGGAGAUUGAUGAGACAUCCAAAAUAGAAAAAGAUAAAAAUAAUAGAAAACAGAGUGCUUCCAAAGAUGACGAAAAACCGAUGCUCUCGGACACGUACAAGACAAAAGAUGAAAAGUUGAAAAUAGGUGAAAGGGAACUUGAUAUUCAAAGGAAAAGACGGACUUCAAUCGACAAGGAUUAUGGAGAGAUUAGAACCAGAGACACUCGUCGUGAAAAUGGGGAUAUGUAUAGAGAAUCACAGAGAGAUGACAUUAGCUCGUACAGAGAGAGGAAUGUAGACAGUAGGGUUAAAUCAGACUCACAUCAACAAAGACAUGAUGAAAAGCGUACAUUUGUAGACUACAGCGGCAAAGACUAUACCUCAGAAACUCACUUACAAUAUCACAGAGAUGAUGAGAAACGUAGAUUCGUCGAUCACAGUUCUAGAGACUACACCUCCGAGUUUGCAAGACCGUCUAACUAUAGAGAAAAAACCUAUGUACCUGACAAUUUCCAUGUCGACACAAUUGGUAAAGGGAUGACUAUAUACAAAGCACAAACUUUGGUGUUAGAUGCAGAACUGCGUUCAGGACCGCUUCCAGAUUUGCGUUCAUCUGUACCCCGUCUUGAUUCUCGAAGAAGUGAACCUACAGAGAGAAGAACAGACUUGAGACACAAGACGAAAGCGGUUAGUGAAGCAAGAAGUGUUUUAUCAGAGAAACGCUCAAGCAUGCCUCGGGAUGUGAGAAGGAAGCCAGUCUUUUCUACUUAUUUGACUGACAGAACUGCCGUGGAAGGGUCUAGAGUGAAACUAACAUGUAGCGUACUUUCGUCCGCUGAACCUACCAUCACUUGGUACAAAAAUGGCGUGUUGAUCGACAAUAAACUAAAAUAUAGAACCAAGUUCAUAGAUGGUCUUGUUACGUUGGAAGUCAUGAAUGCAGUACCAGCGGAUUCGGCUGAAUAUAACUGUACGGUGGAGAACGAAAAUGGAUGCGUUAGCAGUACGGCUACUUUGAAAGUGUAUCCUAGUUUUGAGGCGUCGCCGAUACCACCGACCUUCACAAGAUCAAUCAGAGAUACUUACCACCUCGCUGAAAACGAGCUAGUACUCGAAUGCCGCAUCCGCGGUCAACCACUCCCCACCAUAACCUGGCUGAAAGACGACCGACCAAUCACCGACGACCGUUAUCAGGCCUACUACCUCGCCGAUGGAGUCUGCCGGAUAGCCAUAAGUCGUCCGGUACCGGAGGAUAGCGGGAAAUAUACCUGUAAGGCGGAGAAUUCUGUCUGGUGCGAUCAGAUUACGCAUGUCGUUAGUUUUUCUGGUAAAGAGACACGUCUGCACCCCAACAUCCAGACGAUCGAGCGCUCCCGGUUCGCACGCCAAGCUAUGGAGUCGCGUCGCCCCCACUUCACCAACGUACUCACCGACUAUAAGGUCGCUCGAGGGGGCACGAUAGGACUCCAAGUAGAGAUCCGAGGAUGCCCCACAAGAGUCGAAUGGCUAAGAGAAGGAAAAUCUGUCACUGAUGUGUAUAGAAACGCUAAAACUUAUGUGGAACAAGGAUUGUAUACGCUAGCGUUGUCCGAUGUCACCGAAAAGGAGUCGGGUCUAUAUACGUGCCGAGCGUGGAGUAUGCAUGGGAAUGUGGAUAUGAACGCAGCGAUAACGGUGGUCCAUCCGGAAUUAGAUGGAAAACCGGCUAUAAUAGUUGGGAGACCUGAAAAGGAUGUGUUGAUAUCGGUGGGGGAGGAUUUGAAUAUUUCUUUUAGGGUGCAAGGGGAACCGAAGCCUAGAGUUGUCUUCAUGAAAGGCACCCGCGACAUCACCAACAGCCAACGCGUCUGCAAAAUGACAUCCGAUGACUACGUCAAGUUCACCGUCAAGAGAUCCGUCGUAUCGGACGCUGGCACGUAUUGCAUAUUCGCGAGGAACGCGUACGGGUGCGAUCGCGCGUUCGUCACGGUUGUGGUGCGACAGAGAGCGUCAUCAGAGAACCUAAUUUCAGACUGGACGUAUCCUUUGGAUGACUCCGCUAUUUCUUACGGCAGUCGAAAUUAUGACACCGUGCCGCGUAUACCGAGCGAGCCGAGUGUCGUGGACGGUGGAAACAACUGGGUGUCGCUAGCCUGGCCGAAGCCGGACACGACCACCCCUGUCCUUGCUUAUAAAGUUGAGAGCUGGUUGCUUGGCAAAGAAGGAGGCGCGCGCUGGACCGAGCUGGGAAUAACCCCAAGAAAUUGCUUCGACGUGUUCAACUUAAAGCAAGGAGAACAGUACCACUUUAGAGUGACUUUAAGGAACCGCUACGGCUGGGGUGAAUCCGUCCAAACUUCGACACCUAUAGGCGUCGGUCUGACUGGCGACCGUCCCGAGUUCGUAGACAUACUACCAGGACAAUUGAAAGUCCUCAUUGGAACGACGGCAAACUUGAGUUGUAGCGUCAAAGGCAAGCCUGUGCCUGAGGUCGUUUGGAUGAGGAAUGGUCAGGAGAUCGAAGACGAGCGAAUGAGGGCUUCCUACAACGGGUACGAGUGUAGGCUGGUGAUCAGUGAUAUCCGGGAGGAGGAUGAGGCCCGGUACAGCUGUGAGGCCAGCAACGACCACGGGCGGGCGUCCUCGUAUGCUCGGCUCUCGGUCGUUACGGAUCCACUUUUGUGGGAAGCUGAUGCCAAGCUGAAAAGAGAACGCUCUUCCGACGUGGCCGGCGACUAUCCUCCCCAGUUCACGAUGCGGCUCCGUGACCGGCGCGUGCAGACGACGUAUCCGGUCCGACUCACGUGUCAGGUCGUCGGGUGUCCGACGCCGAGCGUCACCUGGUAUAAGGACGGCGAGGAGGUGUUCAAAGACAAUCGCCAUACGCACUUCAAAGACGAGCUAUUCCACACACUAGAAAUCGCGCCGUGCACGCUAGAGGACGGCGGCGUGUACUCGUGCACGGCACGGAACUCGAGCGGUGCGGUGUCGUGUCGGUGCAGUCUCGUGGUCGAUAAGGGGAUCCGUGCGUACGUGGCGCCUGAGCUGUGCUGCGGCUUGGAGCCGCUUUAUAGGCUCCGAGAAGGUGAUGAACUGCGAAUAACAGCCGUAGUAGAAGCGUAUCCAUCAGUCGGUGUGACCUGGUACCGGGACGGCAUCCGUCUCCGUCCCUCCCGCCGGGCGGUCAUGACGCUAGACAGGGACGGACAGAUAGAGCUGGCUCUGGCGUCUGUGACGGCGCGGGACGCGGGGGUAUACACGUGCACAGCGGCCAACGAGGUUGGGAGUGCGUCCACAUCUGGGAAGGUGGAGGUCAUAGAGGGACCAGUGGUUGAGAAGAGGGCACCGCCGACACUCGUUGGUCCUGACGUUCCGUAUUCCAAAGAGCCCAUGUUCAUCCGGAAGCCGAGGUCCAGCGAGGCCUAUGAGGGCGACACCGUCAUCAUAGAGUGCGAGGUCACUGGUGACCCCAAACCGGACGUCUACUGGCUGCGAGACUUCCUCAAGCCCGAUUACUACCGCGACGCGAGCCACUUCAAACGAGUAGGCGCCGGCCCAGAGUACAGAUUCGAGAUUCCUCACGCCAAACUAGAUUACACUGGCGCGUACUCUGUCGUCGCUAGGAACGUCCACGGGGAAGCUAAGGCUAUUAUUUCUCUGCAAAUCUUGGCUAAAGAUCUCACGUCAGGGGACGAUUCUCACAAUGUCAGAUAUGGCCGUGUGGACGUCAUACCCCGUUUCGAGCGGAACCUCAACGAUUUGUUGAGCUACGAUGGUGACGCUGUUGAGUUUGAGUGUCGAGUUAGCGGGCAUCCUGAGCCUGACAUCAGAUGGUACCACUACGCUGAGUUGAUCCGCGACUGCCCCUACCUGGAGUGCACGUUCGAAUCCGGCGCCGCCAGACUGAAGAUCAAACAAGUAACGGCGGAUGACGAAGGCACUUACACUUGCGAGGCCUAUAAUAACCUUGGCAAGGCCUCUACCAGCGCUUGUCUAGUCGUGUACCCGCCCGGCGAGCCGAACACGCUAUCGGCGCGCCUGCGCCGGCCGCUCUCCGCCGCCUCCACCCCCCGGUCCACACCCCGCUCCACCCCCGCGCGCUCGCUCUCGAGGACCACUACCCCCGCACCCGACAUGAAGCGCCUAUCCAGCCCGUCGCGCCAAACGGCGCCCAGUUUCUACACAUAUCCCUUCAACAAGGUCGUCGAAGAGGGUGAAACGGUCGUCUUCCAGUGCGCGGUCAAAGGCCUCCCCUCCCCCUGGGCCACGUGGGACAAGGACGGCGUCAUAGUCACCCCCUCCUCCCGCAUCACGAUCAAAGAAAAAGACGAGAUAAGGAAACUUGAAAUAGAACAUGUGACCAUUGAAGAUGUAGGGUUAUACAGGAUCAGUAUUGAGAAUGACUACGGGAGAGCGGAAGGUACGGCGAGGUUGGAGGUUAUCUCGCAGAAGGGGAAGUUCCACGCUGGUGUCAGGGCGUACAGCGCGUCGCCGCGACGCUCGGCGCCCUACAGGCGGACGAGCACAUCUAUAUCGAAAGACUGAGUUCGGAAUUGAAACGGAGCUGCGAGUGAUUUUUUUUUCAAUUAUUUAUCUGUGCAUUUUACUUUUAAUUGACUUUUCGUACGGCCAGUCACAAAACCUCGAGGUUCAAGCAUGUUAUUUGACAGUGAACUCUGUUCACUGGCAAAUAGGGUUUAUUUUUAUUUGUUAUUGAUUUGUAUUUAAUUUAUGUACGUUAUACUAUUAUUUUCCCUCUCGUGUAUGAGAGGAGGUCUAUGCCAAGCAGUGGGACGUGUAUAGGCUAAAUUAUUUAUUAUUAUAUGUACUAUUAUUUAUUGAUAUUGCUUGAGUUUUGAUGAAUCCUGGUCACUGGCCGUAUACGACGUAGAAAAAUGUUAAGUUUUUGUUUUACUUGUUAGGUUGUGUCUCUCGCUUCACACAUUUUCGUCAAUUGCCUAUUGUAUACUUCAGUUAACGUAAAAUUUGUAUAUUCUAUUAAGUUGUAUUCAAUUAUCAUCCGGAUGCUCUUAAAACUACUUCUGAUCUCUAUAUCUUUGAAAUAAAGUCACUAGGUAAGUACUUAUUGAACCAGCUAUUUUUUUUAAAGAGUAGGGCAUCUACUUGUGGUGAUUAGAUUACCUCAAAAUGUACCUAUAUUCUAUUAUACAUCUAUCGGUCAUAUCAUAAAUCAUGAUAGAUAUCUUAUUCAUCUAAGUAUUCAAUCGGCCCCGGUUAAAAAUAUGUCAUUCAGAUUAGAUUAUUGAAAAUUAACGUACGAAUUAAAAUGGUUAAAUCGAAGUACCGUUUUGAUUGGACUAUACAUGUAUGGCUUAGAUGUAUUGUGUGAAGUGAUGUUCCUCACUAAUGACUUAUUAGAUACAUGUUUUGCCAAUCCAAAGCUCGAUAUGUACGUAAACAGAGUUGUUUACGUAAAUAUAUUUAUAAAAUAUAUUUACACAAAAAAUACAUAUUUUGGGGUGCCAAUUAGACAUUAUAUUGAAUAAAUCAAUAAAUAAUGUUUUCAAAACAAGUUGGUGAAGGUUCGCCUUGGAUUGGCAGACAUGUUAAUAGGGGUAUUGGGACAAUUUCUAAAUAUUAUCAUGUUAAAAAAAAGUAUUAAAUAUUGAUAAUGUCAAUAAAUAAAUUUAAAUCAAUUCAUUAUUUACAACAUUGCUUUUGAAUUCAGAGAGGAGUGUGAUAAAAACUUAAUGUUAAGUUAUUUUUUGGAAGUGUCCCAAAGCCGUUGUUUAUAAAAGUGUUUAUAUAA